GGAGCCCGGGAAGAGGGUGGGGGGCCGCGGCCGUUCUGUAGUUAACGUUGGGAAAUUAUCCUCCACCAGCACGAGGGCUGUCGGGGGAGAGAAACUUCAGGGUCUGGAUCUAGCCCUCCUCCCUCCACCGGCAUCCAUCCGCUCCCAAGGAUUUAAUUAGGCGUUUACACCUCGGCUUGGAGUAAAUGACUGAUGGCAGCUGCGCCGGGCGCGGAGGCAGCGCGCAGACAGCGCGCAGCGCGGAUGGCUUAGGGCGGGACGGGGCGCAGCGCCGCGCCCGCUCCCCGCGCUCCCACGCGUGGAACCGCUCCCACAGCAGGCGGAGUGGCCCAGCAUAUUAUGAGUGAGAUACAUUUACUGGACUCUAAGCUUGGAAACCAGACUGAUGUCAACGAUGUUUUAAUUCUACAGGAGGUUUAUGUCACCAUGCAGCACUAUGGAGUGAAUGGUUACUCCCUCCACGCCAUGAAUUCGCUGAGCGCCAUGUACAACCUCCACCAGCAGGCAGCUCAGCAAGCCCAGCAUGCUCCUGACUACAGGCCCUCGGUGCACGCCCUCACCUUGGCAGAGAGACUGGCUGACAUUAUUUUGGAGGCACGUUAUGGAUCCCAGCACCGCAAACAAAGGCGAAGCCGCACAGCCUUCACUGCCCAGCAGCUGGAGGCACUGGAGAAGACCUUCCAGAAGACUCACUACCCAGAUGUGGUGAUGAGAGAGCGGCUGGCUAUGUGCACAAACCUACCCGAAGCCAGAGUUCAGGUUUGGUUCAAGAAUCGGAGAGCCAAAUUCCGGAAGAAGCAGCGUAGCCUGCAGAAGGAGCAGCUGCAGAAGCAGAAGGACUGUGAAGGCAACCGUGGUGAGGGAAAGGCUGAGCCACCUGUGCUGGAGACCCAGGCCACCACCCCAGACACUGAGAAGGUCCAGAGCCUCCCAACUGAAGUAAGCGCAGACCUCAACCUAACCCUGUCGGAGCAGUCAGCCAGUGAGUCAGCACCCGAGGACCAGACUGACAGAGAGGAGGAGUUUAAGAGCACCUUGGAUGAAGCUAAAGUGGACAAGAGCCCUGGUGUGGACAGCAAGGCUUUGAACUGCAAGAGAGCAAGCCCAAAAUCAGAGUCCCCUAUCAGCGUGACUAUGACGCCUUCGUCGAGCAGUGGCCUGGCUCAGACCCACUCCUACUCCUCCUCACCCCUGAGCCUCUUCCGCCUGCAGGAGCAAUUCCGCCAGCACAUGGCAGCUACCAACAACUUGGUCCAUUACUCCUCCUUCGAAAUGGGGACACCAUCUGCCAUGCCCUACUUGGGCAUGAAUGUCAACAUGGCUCCGCUGAGCUCUCUGCACUGUCAGUCCUAUUACCAGUCGCUCUCCCACGCUCAACAGGUCUGGUCCUCACCUAUCCUGCAGGCCUCCAGCUCCCUUCCAAGCCUGAACAGUAAAACAACAAGUAUUGAGAACCUAAGGCUCCGGGCAAAGCAGCAUGCAGCAUCCCUCGGGCUUGACACCCUACCCAACUGACUGCCAGAUGAGCGACCAUUGCCCAUGAGAAGAUGCACCAGAGGUUGGCACUGGACAUGUCAGUCCUUGAAACCCCACUGCUCCUCAGCUCUUCCUGGAGUAAGGUGCUCCUUCGAGGGAAAAGUCUGCAUUUAUUGACAUCCUAUUAGCACCACGAUCGCAGCAGACAUUGCUACUGGCCUGGUCUUCACUAAACAUUUAGGAGGAAGGGCGAGAGGAUGUACGUUUAGACAGAUGAACUGUCCUCUGUGAGCUGAGCCUGUAAUGUUCAGGAGAAGCCCCCUUUUCCUCACCCCUGUGACAAUGUGCCAACUCUUACACACCCCUUUUGCGUUGUCGUUGCGCUCUUUGGUGGGAGAAAGAGCCCUGCUUUGUCUUGUAUAUAGUUUGUAUAAUGUUGACAGCACCCCUGUGUUACUGUCAGUGUUACAGAACUGUGACCUCUUUUGCUUUUAUUCCCCUUCCUUCUCAAUUUUAGGAGCUAGUGUCAAAGUUACAAACCAGCCAUCUUCCUACCUUCAGCCCGUAGCUAGUUGCUCUUUCUUGGGUCAGCAUCCCAAAGGUGUUUGUGACGAAGAGAAACGAUCAUGCACUUCACCGCUCCACUUCUCCCUUCUCUGCUCAAGCUGGUUUUAUAACAGCUGGAAAAUGAUAUGAAGGUGAAUUUCCCGUUUAAGCACUUCCUAUAAGGCAAGCAUCUUUUGUUUACAUUUUAAGCACUUGUUGAAAGACAGAGGGCAAAAUAUCAACCAAACGCUGCUGGCUGGGGAGGAAAAUGCAAGCCAAAUUCACAGGACUAUUUCUGAUCUAGAUUGUUGCCUCUUUGAUCUUCAGUGAUGUGCAAACUCCUCUAUUUACAAAUGAUGGUUUGUUUUUUUUUUUCUUUUUGGGCAGCAUUUUGAGCUAACUUUGAUGAUAGAGAGCAAUAAGAACGUUGUAUGAACUCCUGGAGCGUUCAUACAAUAUGAAUGAUAUGGUUCUUUGGCAAAACUUGAUUAAUGCAAGCUGUGUCUGGAAAAAAAAAAGGCUAAAGAAACAAAGCUCUGAUCACCAAAUUCUACUCUCAAGCCCUGCAGCUUCAAAAACUGAAAGUGUAUCAAGAAGAAAAUGCCACAAUGCAGGGUGCAAAGCAGGUGAUAAGCAGGGGCUUUAUGUUCUUGUGUUCG